AUGCUCAAUGAGUCCUCUCUUCCAAACAAAUUUUGGGUUGAGGCUGUUAACACAUCUUGUCACACCCAGAAUCGCUGUUUGAUUGUCAAGAGACAUGAUAAGACAGCAUAUGAAGUAUUAAGACGUAAGAAACCUCAAAUUAAAUACUUUCUCGUGUUUGGAUGCCCUGUAUUCAUUUUGAAUAAUAGGGAUCAUCUAGGUAAGUUUGAUCCCAAAGCGGAUGAUGGUUAUUUUGUAGGAUACUCAUCUAUAAGCAAGGCAUUUAGAGUAUUUAAUGUUCGCCUUCAAAAAGUAGAUGAAUCUAUUCAUGUCACUUUUGAUGAAAGUUCAUCUGCUUUAAAAGACAUACAAUCCUCUUCUUAUGAAGAAGUAUUUAGUGAGUUCACUAAUCCCUCCAAUGAGGAAGCUGACUCAUUUUCCGAUGCACCUUGUACAUUACCUGAAUGUCAUCAACAGACAUCUCAGUAUACAUCAGUGUGUACUGAUAAGGAACAAGUUGUUGCUCAUAUUUACUCUAUUGAGCCAGUUGAGCUUAUUUUGAGAUCAAUCCAGGCCUCCUCAGCCAACAAUAGAUCAUUGACUAAGGAUGUUCAUGCUGAUGAUCUCGCUGAGGAUGAGUUUCAUGAUGCCUCAGCAAAUGCUGAGGAUAUGGAGUCUGCUGAUGACUCCAACAUCAAUGAUAACUCAACUCAGCCAAAUGACUCAACUGAUCAUCCUGUCGCUGAACCAACUGUCACCAUCGACCUCUCUUCAUACAAUCCUCUCCCUGCUGUCCCCAUCACUCUAUCUUCUGCUGAUACUCAACUAGGUUCUUCAAGUGUUCCUGCACUUAGGUGGACAGUGAGUCACCCCGCUCACCAAGUCAUUGGUGAUCCUCAGCAGAGUAUUGUCACUCGAUCAGCGUCAAGAAACACAUGUCUUUAUGUAAAUUUCUUGUCAAUGAUCACUCCUAAAAAUAUUGGUGAGGCAAUGGUUGAUCCCUCUUGGGUUGCUGCCAUGCAAGAGGAAUUAACUCAAUUUCAACGACAACAUGUCUGGUUUUUGGUUCCUUUACCACAUGGAAAAGUAUAUUCGAGACAUGUUGGCUAA